AUGCAGUUCACCAGCAUCCUCCUCACCAUCGCCUCCAUCUCCGGCCUCGCCAUCGCCGCCCCCCAGGACAUCAUCGCAAGGCAGUCCGGCAUGGAGAGGGUCAACUCGAUCCUCCGGGACGCCAGGACCGGCGCGAUGGAGCAGAUCGAGGUCGGAGGCGGCCGCGGCCGCAAGCUGACGAGCACGCCCUGCAGCGUGUCCUGCUCGCAGUGCCAGACCGGCGCGGUCACCACCGCCGUGGCCGAUAUUGCCCUCUGCGGCGUCGCCGCCCUGGCCACGGAGGUCCUCACCGCCGGCGCCGCGACCAUCCUCGAGGUCACCGGCUUCGUCGCCUGUGAGGCUAGGGUCAUCGGCGAGCUCAACAAGGGCGAGGCUGAGUGUGCCAGCUUGCCUUAG